AUGGCAGCAGCCUACAAGACCGUAGGCGUAGCCUUCAUCACUGGCGCCGGCAGCGGCAUCGGCCGCGCAACGAGCUACGCCUUCGCCGCCUCCCACGCCCUCGCCGUGAUCUUCACAGACAUCAGCUUCGACGCCGCCCUCGCCGCCGCGUCCACCUCUGGAACCUACGCCACGAACCCCUCGUACCAGGCACGCGCCUACGCGCUGGACGUCACGGACGACGCCUCCGUCGCCAAGGAGUUUAGACGCAUCGACUACCUCGUCAACAGCGCGGGCCUCCCCGCUCUGCGUGACAACCCGGUGCCGGAGAACAGCAUGGACAUCUUUGACGAGACGGCGAGGGUCAACACGAGGGGCCUGCUGCUGGUCACCAGGGCCGCGGUACGGGUGAUGGAGAAGCAGGAGCGGAAGAGGCACACGACGUUGCUGGGCAAGGAGAGGGUGCUGGAGCGCGGAUGCGUUGUGAACGUGCUCUCGGUGCUGGCAUUCGGGGCCGUGAAAAACAAGGUCGCGUACGCGGCGUCGAAGCACGCGUCCUUGGGCAUCACGCGAGCGACGGCGCAAGACUUGGGGGACAAGCACGUUCGUGUCAACGCCGUGGCCCCGGCGUGGGUGAACACGGCCAUGUUCGAGCAGGAAAGCGAGAUCACGCCGGGCAUCGACCAGUUCAUCACGGGCAUCAGCCCGGCGGGCCGGCCGGCGGAGGCGGACGGGGUGGCUGAGGUGGUUGUGUUCCUGUGCAGCCCGGCGUCGAGUUACGUCAACGGCACGGGGUUGACGGUGGACUCUGGCCUGACACUCACCGUUCAUUAA